CCCUUUCCUGAGGAGCUGGUGCCCCUCUCGCGUGAAGUCCCGCUGCGGCGUCGUUGCCCCUUUAAGAGGCGGGGCCAGGCCGUUGCUACGGAAACCUCUGAGGCGUUGGGGGAGGCACCCGGAUCCGAACCGGGCAGCGGCAGCCCCCAGGUGAGACAUGGAGCCCCCCGCCGGGUGCCAGCAGGAGACACCAGUCCUGACAGCGGCAGCUGCGGAGUUCCUGAGCCUCAUCGGGCUGGAGGAGCUGGAGUGCUGCCUGUUCGCCGAGACGCUGCAGGUGGUGGCAGCGGGGGACCAGGCCGGGGGCCAGUGGUGGGCGGCAGUCCGGUGGGCACCUUACGAGCGGGCGGGAGAGCCAGCGCAGAGCUGCUUCCUGGUGCAGGCUGGCUCCCGCGGCAGGCAGGACGGUGUGCCCUGCUCCAGCACCCUCAAAGCCUAUGUGACCCCGCAGCUGGAGACCCUGGAGCAGGAGGAGCAGGAGCACCUGCAGCUUAGAGCACAUGCUGUAGAGAGGAGGACCCACAUAGUGAGCCACCAGCAUGGAAUGACUGUCACCAAGAUGCUCCAGGAGCAAGAGGGAGAGCCAAAGUGCCAGAGCUUCUCCUACAGCUGUGAUGAGGUGCGGGGGCUGCUACUGGAAGGCGCCAGCAUCCUGUUGCUGCGGGUGCUGGCAUGCCGGCAGGCAGUGCCCCCCAGCCUCACCUUCCCGGCCAUCGAUGCCGAGGGCCACCUCUGCACCUCCAGCUACCGUGCCCUGGGCAUCCAGCAGCAGGCAGUGGGCUCGACGGAGGUGAAGGUGUUUGUGAUCGAGAGAGCUGUGCACACCAGCUUGGGUAUCUCCACCAUCUGGCAGAGCAGCUUCCUCCCCAGUGGGCAUUUGGCCCGGCGGGUACAGGUUGGCUGCCCAAGGCUGUUGCUUCUGCAGGAUGAGUCUGUCCUUGGCGAGAUAGGUACUGGCAGGGGGAAGCUUGUGCCCACCAGCACGGGCAGCCCCUGCCCGCUGUCUGGCAGCACAGUGAGGAAUGCCCUGCCCUGCCUUUUUGCUGCCAGGUGGGGUCCAGCCCCAGCUCACCUUCCCCAAACAGCCCCUGGACUGGGAGGAGGACAUCCAGCUGUGCUCCUGGUUCCUGGACCAGAAGGCCUCUCUGGGUCCUUGAACCGGGGUCAAGCCCAGGAUUAUGGCACCAGUGGGAGCCCCGUGUCCCCGCAGCACCCUGGCAUCCGGGAUCAGACCUACCUGGACGAACUCAUCAGCAUCCCAAAGGGCAGUGGGCCUGGUUUCAGCUUUAGGAAACUCUGGGCUUUCACCGGUCCCGGUUUCCUCAUGAGCAUUGCCUACCUGGACCCGGGCAACGUGGAGUCAGAUCUGCAGUGCGGGGCAGUGGCGGGGUUCAAGCUGCUGUGGGUGCUGCUGUGGGCCACCGUCCUGGGGCUGCUGUGCCAGCGCCUGGCCAUCCGGCUGGGAGUGGUGACGGGCAAAGACCUGGGUGAGAUUUGCUACCUCUAUUACCCCAAGGUGCCCCGCGUGCUGCUCUGGCUUAUGAUUGAGAUCGCCAUCAUCGGCUCUGACAUGCAGGAGGUGAUUGGGACAGCCAUCGCCUUCAGCCUGCUCUCAGCUGGCCGCAUCCCCCUCUGGGGCGGGGUCCUCAUCACCAUUGUGGACACCCUCUUCUUCCUAUUCCUUGACAAGUAUGGGCUUCGCAAACUGGAGGCUUUCUUUGGCAUCCUCAUCACCAUCAUGGCCCUGACUUUUGGCUACGAGGUGAAGGGGAGAGAUGGAGACACCCCUUUCCCUGCACGGCACUGGCAGGGGACUCCCACAGGGUGCCCCCAUUGGCAUGGGGCUGCAGUGGGGGUGGGGGGCUGCCAGCUCACAGUGCCCUUUCACACUUGUUCCCAGUAUGUGCUGGUGAGGCCAGGGCAGGUGGAGGUGCUGAAGGGCAUUUUCCUGCCCUACUGCCCAGGCUGCGGGCGAGAGGAGCUGCUCCAGGCUGUGGGCAUUGUUGGUGCCAUCAUCAUGCCUCAUAAUAUCUUCCUCCACUCCUCCUUGGUCAAGACUCGGGCGAUUGACCGGUCCAAGAAGGAGGCAGUGCAGGAGGCCAACAUGUAUUUUCUGACUGAGUCCUGCCUGGCCCUCUUUGUCUCCUUCCUCAUCAAUCUCUUUGUCAUGGCUGUCUUUGGUGAGGCUUUCUACCGUCAGCGAAACGAAGACAUGCACAACAAAUGCAUCAACAGCAGUGUCAGCCACUACGCCAGCAUCUUCCCUGCCAACAACGAGACGGUGUCUGUGGAUAUCUACCAGGGGGGUGUCAUCCUUGGGUGCUAUUUCGGGGUGGUGGCGCUGUACAUCUGGGCCAUUGGGAUCCUGGCAGCAGGGCAGAGCUCCACGAUGACUGGGACCUACGCGGGACAGUUCGUCAUGGAGGGCUUCCUGCAGCUCCGCUGGUCCCGCUUCGCCCGGGUGCUCUUCACCCGCUCCUUCGCCAUCCUGCCCACUGUUUUUGUGGCUGCCUUCAAGGAUGUCAGCCACCUCACAGGCAUGAAUGACAUUCUCAACGUCCUUCAGAGCAUCCUGCUGCCCUUUGCCGUCCUGCCCGUCCUCACCUUCACCAGCCUGCGCCCACUCAUGCAGGACUUCACCAACGGCCUCCUAGGGAAGGUGCUGAUGACCCUCAUCACGGGGCUGGUCUGCGCCAUCAACGUCUACUUUGUGGUGGACUUCCUGCCCACGCUGCAAGGCCUGGGGUACUAUAUCCCUCUGGGUCUGCUGCUGGCUGUCUACGUGGCCUUCAUCGCCUACCUGAUCUGGACGUGCAGCAUCGCACACGGAGCCUGGUUCCUGGCCUGGAACCACCACAGCCGGUUCAGCUUCGGUGUCUCCCUCAACCCGCCAGCCCUGGCAGGGACCCGGUGAUAAACCCUGUCCCUCAUUACUGUCCCCCCGUCCUGCACCGCCCCCUGCACCGGCCACCUGCUUGAUGCCACGCGGAGCCCCAGGGGUGAUGUUGUGGCAAGAGAUACACUCAGCAAGGAAGGGGUUAACAGCUGGGCAGACCUUCCCCCGAGUUUUAGGAGACCCCCCCCAAGUUCGGGGAUGCUGGUCCAGGCUGGAUGCGGAGUGGGGGGACAGCGGGAGGUGCCGGCAGCCCUUGGCACAGAGGCCUCAAUGAAGAAGCCGCCCUGGAGAUUUCCCUUCCUCAUUAGCGCCGGGAACCGCCGGCCCCCGGGACGACUGAUUACCGCCCGGGACCGCUCAUCACCACCCGGGACCGCUAACUACGCCUUUCCUCCCGCCGUCCGGGGACAGCGGGACCAGCCCCAGCGCAGCCGGGGCGGCCAGCCCCGCUGCCCGGUACCGGGUCAGCCCCGGAUGGGACCAGCCGGAGCCCCACCAGGGACUCCUAAACUCGGGGGAAGCUGAUAAAUGGCGUGUUUGUAACCUGG